GCGCGGGCGGGUGUCAGCGAGGCGGGGCCGGCGCGAGAGCUGGGCGGGGCCGGGCUCCAAGGUCCCGGCAGCCCCGAUGUCCCGCCAGUAGCGCGGGCUGGAGGGAGGCAGCGGCUGCAGGAUGGAGCGGGACGCGGGGCAGGGGCCGUCCGUCUUCGACCUGCCCAAGGUAGAACUUCAUGUUCACCUGGAUGGAGCCAUUAAGCCAGAAACAAUCUUAUACUUUGGCAAGAAAAGAGGAAUUCCGCUCCCUGGUGACACUGUUGAAGACCUCUUGCAGCACAUCAGUUACUCGGAGCCACUCACUCUCACCCAGUUUCUAGAAAAGUUUGCUCUCUACAUGCCUGCCAUUGCGGGGGACCGCGAUGCUGUGAGAAGAAUAGCCUAUGAGUUUGUAGAAAUGAAAGCAAAAGAAGGUGUCAUCUAUGUAGAGGUCAGGUAUAGCCCUCAUCUCCUAGCCAACUGCAAAGUUCAUCCUCUUCCAUGGGGCCAAAAAGAGGGCGACCUCACUCCGGAUGAAGUGGUUCACCUCGUUAAUCAGGGAUUACAGGAUGGAGAAAGGGAUUUCAACAUCAAAGCCAGGUCUAUUCUAUGCUGCAUGCGCCAUAUGCCAAGCUGGUCGUUGGAGGUGGUGGAGCUGUGUAAGAAAUACCAGAACAAUACGGUGGUAGCCAUAGACCUGGCUGGGGAUGAGCUGUUGGUGUCUGAGACCUUCCCAGAGCAUAGGAAGGCUUAUGAGGAAGCUGAAAGAUGUGGCAUUCAUCGCACUGUCCAUGCUGGGGAGGUUGGGCCACCCUCUGUCAUCAAGGAGGCAAUCAAUGUCCUGAAGACAGAACGGAUCGGCCACGGCUACCAUGUCCUGGAAGACCCAGCCCUUUAUAGGGAGCUGUUGAGUAGGAAGAUGCAUUUUGAGACCUGUCUUUUGUGCAGUGUCCUCACCGGGGCGUGUGGUCCAGACUUUAGGAAACACCCAGUAAUUCAGUUUAUGAAUGAUAAAGCUAAUUACUCCCUGAACUCUGAUGGCCCGCUCAUUUUGAACUCUACAAUUGAGACUGAUUACAAAAUAGCUAAGCAGUCCCUGGACUUCACUGAAGAGGAGUUCAAGAGAGUGAACAUCAAUGCAGCUCAGUCCAGCUUCCUGCCUAAGAAAGAAAAGAAGGAGCUUCUCAGUAAACUGUAUGAAGCCUACGAGAUGGCCCCGAACAACCCAUCCUAAUCCUGCUUCUACCAGCCGGCAAGGUGCAUUCACCUCUCCCCAUGCGUGCUCGACUCCUCUUUGCUUUAGUGGGAGCAUAGGGGGAGGAGAUGCCAUGGCACCAGCGCAUAAUAUUGGUAUUAUUAUGCUGACCUUUACAGUCCGAGGCAUAUACUAUAAAUCAGUAUUUCCAUGGUUCCCACCAUAUAUACCUUCCUACAGCACCCACGUACUAAAUACGUAUCUGAUUUCCUAUAUUUCUGAUGCACAAAAAUACAGGUGGAAUUUUCUGGCAUAAUUCCAUUGUGGCUUAUGCCAGUUUUACAUCCUGGUGUAAACAAGAGCAAAAUAAGGCCCUCUUUCUUUGUGGGGGUGGUAACAACAUUUUUAUGUGACUUUUUGGUGCUCUAGCUCCCUUGCUGAUCUACCUUAGUCUCUCUCUACACUACAACCUAUUUACCAUUGUAGCAUCCAGCACUACCUGUAUGGCUCUGAGGAUGUCACACGGGCCCAGCUCUGGGCUGAUUGGGAUGCAGGUUGAGAACCUCUGGCCCAAAGUCACUUUAAAACUAGCCCAAAAGUAGCCCAAUGUAUUUAUUGGAAAAAAAGGGUCUGGAAAUGGCCAGCAAUGGAUGGGCAGGCGGUUGCUGUCUGCUGCGGGCAACCCAGGGCAUGCUGCAGCCUGGAGCAUGUUCAUCCCCCCAAGAGAUGACAUGUAGCUGUGGUUAGUUGGGAGGGCACAUGUGCCCCAUUUCUGCAGAAGCAAGAAGGCAGUGCUCCCCCUAGUGGCGGCACUUUGUCAUCCCCAUCUAUUUCCCCAUCCCAUCCCUUCCCCCUUCCUCUCCCCACCCCAUCCCCUUUCUUCCCCACACUGUCCCCCUCCCCCAUUCCCCCAUACCCUUCUCUUCCCCCUACUCUAUAUCAUCCUUCUUCCUUCCCCACUGCCUCUUCCCCCAAACCCUCUUGCCCUGUCCCUCCACGGGCACUCACCGGUUGUACAGAAACAGGACCCAGGACCCAUAGAAGAUGAUGAAGAUGGGCACUAGGACACAGGAGGCAGUGUCCUGGAGCUGCUGCCACACUCAGUGGAGGAGAGGGACGAGCAAGCCUCCUCUCUCCCCACAGGCUGAGCAGAGUAAGCCCUGCUCUGGGCAGGAGAAAUCAGGGGUAGGAGGACUGUGGAGGCACUUGUUCGCAUUCUGGAGAUCCUGAGUGAAAUGUUAUUCUGGUUUAAUUUUAUUUCUAAUUUCUGCUUAAAGAACUAAAAGAAAACUGUCAAAUUCUGCACCAUAGUUCUAGCCAAAUGUGACCCACAUUGUUAGAACCUGGGGGAUAAUGGGCUCUGGGAUUUUAUAUAUAUAUAUAUAUAUAUAUAUAUAUAUAUAUAUAUAUAUGUUGCUUCUGAGUGGAAAGGACACCAGCAGCAUUUCUUCUGCACCUUGGUCUCUCAGCCAAGUCCUGAGCCAACCCAAUCGUGCUGAGCGUAUGAGGUUGGACCCUGAAGGACCUGUGCUCCAAAGUUCAAAUUAAAAUCCUAGAGACAAUAAAUAACCACUGCCAGGGGAGCUGCUCUCUAGCAAAUAGGAUUACAUCAGUGUCAAACUAGUGGAUUGAUUUACAUUUAUUGAGCCCGGCUUCCAGUCCACUCUCAGCUGGAAGUUGUUCCAGCACUUGAGAGCAUAUGAAGCUGGACAUUUGCACUGAUGUCAUUUGAAAUAGCUCCUUGCCCUCUGUUCCCAACGUAGAUGUGAUCUAGUGUGAUGAGUUUGUGAUUCCACAUUUCAGGGGAUAGAAGGGGGGCAGGGAAGAGACCAUUGCACAAAAAACCCCACUCAACUUUAUCUGAGAG